AUGAGCAGGAACUACUUGUGCAAAAAUGAUGAGCUGCGCAAGAGAGACUUCAUACUAUCCAACAACCGAGAUUGGAAGGUUGUCUUUCAAGAUGAUGGCAACUUUGUGAUCUACGGCUAGAAGCCCAUGUGGUCUUUAGACACGGCCGGCCCCAACCGUCACCGCCUGUGCAUGCAGGACGACUGCAACCUGGUGAUGUACACACAGGAGGACUCCCCCGUGUGGCACACCAACACCUCUAAGCUCAGCUGCAAGAUGUGCCGGAUCCACCUAAAAGACGACGGCACCCUUGUGCUGGAGAAGAACAGAGCAGACAUCUGGAGCUCCAACGAAUCGUCCGACAUGAAAUGA